UUCACAGAAGAUUGGAAACAGACGAUAUCGCUUGUAUGAAGGUGACUGUCUUUUACAGCUAUUGCUGUUGGUGUAAGCGGCCUCACUAUCAAUUCAACAUGGCCGGGGAAUAUGAGAGCGUCAUUUGUGUCAAGAACGAAGUUUUUGUAUUUCGAAUUCCACCCCGUUCGUCUAAUAGAGGGUACAGGGCAUCAGAUUGGAAACUUGAUGCUCCUGACUGGACUGGAAGAUUGAGAGUUACUUAUAAGGGCAAAGAACUUACAUUGAAGUUAGAAGACAAAGUAUCAGGUGAAGAAUUUGCAAAAUGUCCAGUUGAUGCCUACCCUGGUGUAGCAAUCGAGCCUGUGAUGGAUUCCAGUAGAUACUUUGUGAUUCGAAUCAAAGAAGCGGAACGAAGUGCUUUCAUUGGAAUUGGUUUUACAGAUAGAAGUGAUUCAUUUGAUCUUAAUGUUGCUCUACAGGAUCAUUUUAAAUGGUUAAAACAAGAACAAGAGAUGGAGAAAAUGUCCAAAGAUUUAAGUAGUGCCCCAAAACUUGACCUCAGUCUAAAAGAAGGGCAAACUAUGAAAUUAAAUAUUGGUGUAAAGCGCAAUGAAAGUGGGACGAAACAACGAUCAAAAGGACCUGGUACUGCCGGAGGAUUACUCCCUCCUCCACCAGGUCCUAAUAUCAAAAUAAUGCCUUCCUCUGGUAGCCAACAAAUUUCAAGCUCAACAAAUCAUACAAAAGCAACAGCCAUUCAAGGAAGUCAUGAAAACAUUCCAAAUAAUAAGCCAUCAUCAGUAACUGCCAUUGAAGAUUUGUUGUGUGAUUUGGGCACAAACAACAAAUUUGCAACAGAUGCAUCUACCAGCAGAACUGAUUCAUCUAAUAAAAUUAUAUCUCCUUUAUAUAAUGCGUCUGGUGCAAGUAAUAACACACUUGUAGAUUCUAGCUGGGGUGACUUUACCAGUUCACACAGUUCUGCCAGCAAUUGGGUUCAGUUUUGAACAAGACCUCCUCUUAAUUGAUAUAACGAUUGGAGCUGUUCACCGACCUUAUGUUUUUAUAUAAAAACAACAAAUAUUAAUUGGAAAUUAUUGUUUUUCAAUUAAUUAUUUGUUAAUAUUUUUAAAAUCUUUGUUAAAGUUCUUUAUUUAUCUCUUCACAAUCAUCUUAUCUCCCUACCCUUUGUUUUACCUUUCCCUCCCUCUUUAAAUACUAUCCAUUUUAUUUCAAACGUAAUUUUCAUUUUUAAUGUUUUAAAUUUUGAUUCAUUAUGAAACAUUACAAUUAAAUUUAUCUACAGUAUUAAGCCAUUGAACCAUUAGAUCCAUAUAGCUAUAUUUGUAAUUGUUUGUAAAAAUCUAAAAUAGCUAUCUAGUUCUAUACUAUUGCAAAUUGGUUAAUUGCUUCAAUUCAGAACUAAAUUGGCUCUAAAUAUUUAUGCAGAACAUUUUCUCAAAGAGCAGCCUUUCCUUCCUUCAUUGAGCACAUGUUCUCUGACUACAGUUAAAUUUUUAAUUAAUCAGUUGAUUUUAAAUAAAUAUUUCAUGAAAGGAUAUUAUUGUAGUUGCUGAUUGAUAAUUUGUUGAGAAUGGUUAUAUUCAUAGUUUACAUACAUACACACACAUGCACACGCACAUCUCUUCAUACAUAAACAAAAUGAAUAUAUACAGAUAUGUACAAAUGGACUUAAACUUUAUGAAGCUUGAUACUUUUAUAAUAUUUUGCUUUAGUUAUGUAUUUAUGUAAAGAAUUUAUUAAUGAAAUAUAAUACAUAUCUAAACCACACAAGCUUUUUAAAUGGAUUUUUAAAAUGUUUGCCAAAAUUUAACAGAAAGUACCCUAUAAAACUUUUAUUAUAUUUCUUGAAUACUUAAUAAAAAACGAAAGAGUCCUAUGUAUGCAAACUCUUUUUAUUCUUUGAAAAUGAUUAUUUUUUUUAUAAUUAACAAAAUAUCCAGCAAUAAAUAAGGCUUGUAUUAUCAUAUAUUGUUUAAUUAUUGAAAAUUUGUGUAUUCUUUUCUCAAAGUAAGUGAAUCAUAACUAAAUUUUCUUUUCGUUUAUCUUUCUUGGUUUCCUAACUUUAUAUACAAGCCUUUAGAAAUAUAGCAAUUUUUUAAUAUAGGAGCCAAAAUUUGUAAGAUGUUUUCAAAACAUUAUUUUAAAAAAGCUAAAUUUAAUUCUGAAAACCACUGAAACCACCUGUACAUCUCCUAUAAAUUAAAAUAAAUCUACUUGAUUUUAUAGAUUAAUUUUUAAUUGCUGAAUAAUGGAGAAAUGUUCUUCUUCAACUGAGAUAAUUAAAUUGAAUAUCUAUUAAUGAUUGAUAUAAAUUUGUUGCUUCUAAACUAAAUCUGUAUGCUUGUAAAUUGCCAUUCAAUUAUCUAAGUUUAAACAAUAAUAAUCCUUUUAUAUUUUUUUUAACCCUUGGUUACAUUUGAAAAUUUGACUGUUAGGCAUUGUGUGGAACAUUUUAAACUAAGAAUUAGGAUGCACAAAGCUUAAAGUAUAAUUUAUUUGAAAGAGCCAACAAGAUUAACAAGUAUACAAGUGUCUUCACUUGUCACAAUGUAAUUAUCAUUUCUGAGAUAACGGCAUAUUAUUCAUAAUUAGGAUGAAAUUAAAAUAAUAUAUUUUCUAGAUCUGAACAUAUUUUUUUUAAAAAUUCAAUAAACAUUUUUAUUUUUUUAUACAGUUUUAUAACAUAACUCAUAAUAGAUUAGCUAAAAACGACCUAAACGAAUUAGAUCUUUCAUCAGUCACAUUGUUGUUUUAAUAUUUACAUUUUUUCUUCCUUUGUUUUAUUUUCUACUUCUAAUUUUAUCAGUCUUAAAGUAAUACUGAAAUGUCUUACUGUGAAAACAAACUCAAAAUUAUAAGAUAUCUAUUAUAUAAAAAUAUGUGUAAGUAUUUGUAAAAAAAAAAGAUCAUUGCUUGUUAAUAAACAAGUGUAAAUGUCAUUUCCUGCUUCAUAUCUGCUCAGCUGCAUACUUGGAUGUGAGCACAUAUGAUUUAAGCAUGCAUUUUAAGUUUCAAAGCUUUUCAUCACACCAGCCGUAGGUUGUGAACAAUAAGUAAGAAUAUGCUAGUUAACUUCUUUUGUCAUCCUUAAUACUUUACUAUAAUCCACAUUCUUAGAUUACAUUAUUGUACCAAGGUGUGACAGCUGUUACUGCUACCACUUUUUUAUUGCUUCAUGGAAAAAUUGGUGUUGAAAUUAUAGCAACAAUAUUACUAUUUGUAUAUUUUUUGCAUUAAAUAUUAAGGCAGUUAUUAUUUAACUGCAUUUUCUACUCAUCUUUUUUAAUAAAUCCUAUGACUUAUAGAUAUAUUUUUCAAAGCUA